GAGCGCGUGAGAGUUGAGUGUGUGGAGUCAGCAAGCGAAGAACACGGGACAGUGCUGAGCUAUUGUGUAUCGGCAAUUCGGAGAACUGAGGUGAAACUUUCCAGAGCCCAGAAAGAGCCUCGUUACUAGUGUCAGCGUCCAGUUGAUCUGUGCAGAGGAGUGCAACGUGCGCAUCGCUAUAAUAUGACUCUGGAGGAGCAGCUGUCUGGGGAUCAGAGCAUUGGAAAGUAAGAUCGCUUGUUACGCUAUGGUGCGGAUGCUGUAGGCUGUGCUGCAGUUUUGGUUACAGUGAAGAAUUUGCCUGGGAUGGAAUCCGUGGGAAAUGCAUUGGAGGAAGUACUCCAUGAAGCCAAACUGCAGAGGACCAUCACCAUUGGGGUGUACGAGGCUGCAAAACUCCUUAAUGUGGACCCAGACAAUGUUGUGCUUUGUCUGUUGGCUACUGAUGAUAAAGACAAUCAGGAUGUCGCUUUACAGAUUCAUUUCACCCUGAUCCAGGCAUUUUGCUGUGAGAAUGACAUCAACAUCCUGAGAGUGAGCAACAUGAGUCGGCUGGCCGAGAUCCUGGGCGGCUCUGACAAGCCAGGGGAACCUGCUGAUCUGCAUUGUAUUCUAAUCAACAACCCACAUGAAUUACAGAUCAAGGAUCCUGCUCUCAAAGAAGUGAUUUGUUACUGCAAAGAAAGUCGUUAUCUGGACCAAUGGGUGCCUGUGAUUAACCUGCCAGAGCGAUGAUCACAUACAGCGUACCAUUAUAAUUUAACUGCAGUUUAAAUGAAAUUUUUAAAAAAAAAAAUUACUUUCAAGAAGAAAAGUAAACACUUUUCCAGGACCAGGUUCUGCCAUAAAGCAAAGAUUUCAAUAACUCACAUAAAACAUCACGAGGGAGGAUUUUGGGAUAUGCAGAAGCCGUGUAGAGGUCACUCAUGAAAUGGAGGACUGUUGGCCAAAAAGAACCGUGCAGAGCUGUACUUUGCACCAAUGAGUAUCAAAAAAGAUUACCUGAAAUUAAGGAGGAUUGGAAAAUAGUUCAGGCUGCCAUAUGAAAUGGAAAAUGUAUGUUAUGGCAAAGGAAUAGGAUUUAAUUUUGUUCUAGGUUUAUAAAAUGUUAAAUUAUUUUGUUUAUGCUAUUGUUCUUUAAUGUAUUCUUUAGCAAAUUGGUACAAUGGCUUUUAUGCAGGAAGUUGUUGAGACAAGUGAAAUGAAAUGUUUUUUAAAUUUUAUUUUAUUUUUUUUACAAUAAAACGUUUGAAUUGGC